AUGUACCAACCGAGGGUGUCACCGAGCUACAACGCGGGCGGCUCGGACUCGCCCGCGACGGGCUCCGAUGGAGGAUUCGGCGGAGUCUCUGCGACGGCGCUGAUAAUGCCCGAGGCUGAGGGCCCCGACGGGAGCACGCGCGCGCACGUGAUCGAGAUGCUCAACCAGUCGAGGACCAGGUGGCUCAAGAACACCGAAGUGUGCGACAUGCUGCUCAACUACCGAUCGUACGGCUUCGCGCUGAGCAAGACGGCGCCCGUGAGGCCACCGGCCGGCACGAUCUUCCUGUUCGACCGCAAGGCCGUCAGGUUCUUCCGCAAGGAUGGUCACGACUGGCAGAAGAAGAAGGACGGCAAGACGGUACGAGAGACGCACGAGAAGCUCAAAGUUGGCAACGUCGAGCUCUUGAACUGCUACUACGCGCACGCCGCCGAGAACGACAGGUUCCAGCGCCGGUGCUACUGGCUCCUCGACAGCGACGAGGGCGUCGUUUUGGUGCAUUACCUCGACACCACGAUGGUCGUGGGGGGCAGGGGCGGCGCGAAGGGCGCGGGGCUCGGUCUCGCCCCCGGGGGGUCCGCGCCGGGGUCCAACAGCGGCACCACCGACGGCGAGGACCAAAACGGCUUCCGCAAUUUGUUCAGGUACGCCAGCGGCAUGUCGCAGUACUCCGGGUCCGGGUACGAGGAGGUGGCGAGCAUGGGAGGCAUGUCGGGGGGCUCGCCCAUGAUGCAGUCCCCCGCGCGCCCCGGCCAGUACCACCCGGAGGUUUACCAGCAGUACUCGCAGCAGCAGCAGGCGGUUGGUGGCCAGUACGGCCACCACGGCUACGGCGCCCCGCCCACGCAUCACUACCCCCACGGCGACAGCGACCCCCACGCGCUCUACCACGCCGCCCAGGAGCAGUUCAACGGCGUCGCCGAGUCCGAGAGCUGGUUCAACAGCGUGCUCGCCUCCGAGGACGAGGCUGGCGAGGAGAGCGGCCCGGGCGGACCGGGUCGAAUGAGCGGAGUUCACCGGCGCGCCAGCGCCACGCUCGUCGACGCCGCCGGCCGCGCCGUUCCCUUUCGCCAGCCGUCCAGCGGCCGAGCCGUUCCCUUCCGCGAGGGCAGCAACAGGUCCAUCCUCAGCAUUGGAAGCGGCCCGCCGCUCGAUCACGGGUACUUUGAGAUGGGCCAGGACGAAUCGUCCAACGGGCCCCACUUCGACUUACUCAAGGAGUUUGCCGUCGAUCAGAUUGCCGAAGCCCAGGGAAUCAAGGUCGAGGGCAUGCCCGUCGAGUCCGCGGCCGCGGCGGCCGCGGCGGCCGCCGCCGCCGGUCCCAACAUCGGCACCGCGUUCCCCGGCGAGUACAGGAGCGACAUCGCGGAUGGCGUCACGAGCAUGGCGGAGCUCGAGUCCAAGAUUGCGUCGCUCAAGGAAACGUUGGUCCGCGUCGCCUCGGUCAACGCGGACGCCAGCCCGGAGCAGGUGGAUCGGCUCGAGCAGGACAUGGCCGCGCUGGAGCGGGGAGCCGCGGCGAUGCGGCCCGCGGCGGGCUCGGUCGGCGGCGGCGGCGGCGGGGCUAAACCCGGCCACCGCAGGGGUUCCUCCUUUGGCAGCGGCACCAGGGCGAGGCCGCCGCGCGCCAGGCCCGUCAUCUGGGACGGCGACGACAAGGACGAGGACGACGCCGACCGCGAGGACGACGGAGACGACGACGACGACGACGGAGACGACAACGAGGAGACGGCGGAGGGUGCACUCUCGCCCCUGGCCAAGGCGGCGGCGGCGACGCGCAGGCCGAGGGGCGCCGACGGCGGCCGGGGCGCGCACCGCGCCGCCGCGCUCGCCGCGCAGCAGCAGCAGCGAAUGGCCGGGUUCCCCCGCGUCCCGUCGCACCCGAGCGAGGGUUCGGAGAUGGACGCAGAGAUGAACAACAGCGACGGCGACAACGGCGACAUCUCGCCGCGAGCCCCGUCGCCGGCGCUCAGGGCGGCGCAGAUGAGAGCCGCGGCGGAGGCGAGCCACGCGAGGUACAACCGCGCGAGGCAGCCCUUCAUACCCCCGGCGCAGCAGGGGUCGCCGAUCCUCUGGGCCAUCGACGACUUCUCCCCAGAGUGGGACACGGAGACUGGCGGGGGAAAGGUUCUGGUGACGGGCACGCCGAGACCGGGCCUGCCCGAGGGCCUGUACCUCUGCUGCGUCUUUGGGGACGUCGAGGUCCCGGCGGAGCAGGUGUCGCCCGGGGUGUUGCGAUGCCGCGCGCCCCCGAUGAACGCCGGCAGGGUUCCCUUUUACAUCUCGUGCCUCGGGAGCGGCAAACGACCGGCGUCCGACAUUCGCACCUUCGAGUAUCGCGAGGCGGGCGCCGGCGGCGCGCGGGACAAGCGCGCCGCGGAGAUUCGGCUCACGAGCGGCGUCACCGAGCGGGACUUUCAGCUCAGGCUCGUGCACCUGCUCAUCGGCGCGGACAGGAGCUCGAAGGCGUCGGGCGGCGGCGGACCCGGCGGACCCGGCGGACCCGGCGGCGGCGGAGGUGGCGGAGGCGGCGGAUCUACCGCCUCCGGGAACGGUCCCUCCGACGGCAAGGGAUCCGGCGGCAGCGGCGGCAACACCAGCUCCCCCGACAACAGGAACGGCGGCGGGUCGUCCGAGAGCCGCGACGUGCACGGCUCCCCUGCUUCGCCCGGACGGUCCGGCUCGCAGUCGGGCGGGUUGGGCGGCGGCGCCGGGGCUGGCUUCACGCGCCGCGCCGUCGCCGCCCUCAACCUCGGCGCCGACCCCGCGCUGGACCCGAACAUGUCCAACCUGUCCGACGAGGACGUCGGCAAGGUGUUCAAGACGGCGCUGGAGGCGAGGCUGCGGCACGCCAUCGCCGCGGAGGCGAAGCACCAUCGCGCCCGCGCCGAGGGUAUCGUGCCCAACCCUACGUACGUUCAGCCCAAGAGCGCGUACGCGAGGGUGGACGCGGGGGGCAUGGGCCUCAUCCACUGCGUCGCGGCGCUCGGCAUGAAGUGGGCCAUACCCGCCAUGACCAAGUGCGGCUGCGACGUGAACCAGCCGGACCGGAGGAACCGGACGGCGCUGCACUGGGCCGCGGCUAAGGGCCACGAGGACACGGUGGCGACGUUACUCGCGUCGGGCGCGAACAUCCGAGCGAUGGCGAGGUGGGGCGCGGGCGGGUACACCGCCGCGGACCUCGCCGCGGCGCUUGGACACGGCGGCAUCGCCGCGUACAUCUCGGAGACGUCCCUGGCUGCGUCGCUGUCCAACAUUUCCCUGUACGGAGGCGCGCAAGGGCCGGCUACCGGCCGAUCGCUUCGCUCAGCCUCCUUCGAUCGCAAGCGGCAGCAGCAGCAGCAGCAGGUUCAGGGCCUGACCACGCCGCUGAUGUCCGGCGCAGGGGUCACGCCGCCGGGCGUCACCCCCGGCGCCGGGCCCACCGCUAACCGCACGGGCCGGGCGCAGCGGGACCGCGUCAAGGCUGUGCCGAUGCGUUCCCUUCUUCUCGCCACGGAGACGGAAGUUACCGCCACCGACGCGGUGACUUCGCAGACGGAAGUUGAGACUGAGGCUGAGUUCAUGGAGGGGGGCGGCACCAGCACCGAGCGCAGGGAGGCUGUCGCCGCGGGUAUGAUCCAGCUGGCGUUCAGGAAGCACUCGGUCCGUCGCCGCAAGGCGCGGAAGAAAGGGGGCGAGCUCAACACGGUGACGGAGGGCGUCGAAACCGGCGCCGCCCCGAGGACGGGCGCCGACCGCGACGUGAAGAAGGACGUGAAGAAGGUGGUGAAGAAGGCUGAGAAGGCUGCGCAGAAAAUCACCGACUCGCUCCGCUCGCUCAAGGUGAGCAAGACGGCCACCGGUGCUGCGCCCGAGCUCGGAAAGCGACGACUCGGCGAGAGGUCCGGCGGAGGACUUCAUCACUCAACGAUUCCCGAAUCGGAAGCGAUGGACGUCUCCGUGGAGGAGGCAGCCGGGUCACCGCCGGAGGGUGCCGAGGGUGCCGACUUUGCGAUGCGGUCGACGUCGGGGGGAGAAGAGGCACUCGCCGCGCUUCGCCGGCGCAUCGCGCAGCUUCAGGAGCGAGCCGUGGCGCUGCAGGGCGAAAUUCGCGCCGCCGACUACCGCGGCCGACAGGACAGGCUCCAGACGCUCAUGCCCGGCGGACACCACCAGCGCAGGCGCGCGGCGGAUAUCAUGCAGCUCAUCUCCGCGGGCGUCGGCGGCGGCGGCGGCGGCGGCGGGGGCGGGGAGGACGGCGCGGCGGCGGCGCGCGUGGUUGACUGGGAGCGCGCCAUGCUCGAACGCGCCAACUCGUCGAAGGAUUCCCUCGACGAGGUGUACCGCUCGGGAGGGGGCGCGUCGAACCGGCUGGUCAAAUCCGCGACCCUUCGCGGUCGCAGGCAAUCGCACAAGUCGCACUCGGACGACGGAAACGACUCGAACAAGCGAUCAACCUCGGACACCAACAACAACGACGACGACAGCGACGACGACGAGGAGGAGGAGAACGUGCAGCAGGCUGUCGCGAGGAUCCAGGCCAUCACGCGGUCGAGGGAGGCGCGGGACCAGUACCUGCGGCUGAGGAUGGUGACGCAGUCCAUGCAGGAGCGGCGGGAUGCCAUCGCGCGGGGGGAGGCGGUGAAGCGGGAGGAGGAUGAGGACGGGUUGGACGACGUAGACGUAGAGGAGGACGAGGAGGAGGACGAGUGAGCGUAGCCGCGGCGGAACGGGACGAACGGACGCGGCGACGUGUGAAGACGUCGUGAUUGAAUGAUUGAUUGAUUGAUUGAGGACGU